UGUUAACGGCACACAAAAAUUGACACCAAAUCAAGUGUUUCAGAGAGUAAUUAAGGCAUGAUUUUAAAGUUUUGGUUUUAAGUGCCUUUAAAUAAGGGAUUAAAUCAAUUCAUAAAGUGAUCACAACAUGAAACUCAUAUAUUUAUACAUAUUGAUUGGUGUGGAGGUUAUACUAUUGGGUGCGGAAUUAGUGGCCAGUCAACUGACACACUCGCUCAUCAUAUUAGGCGAUGCAUAUCAUACACUGUAUAACAUCUUGAGCAUUUUGCUUUUGGUCAUUAGUUUCAAGAUGUCAAGUGAGAAGACUGUGAAGAAUACGUUCGGUUGGGCGCGGAUUGAAGUGUUGGGAAUGUUAGUGAAUAUGACUUUCUUAGUGGCCCUCACUUUCUCACUACUAGUGGAAGGCAUACAACAAUUGGUUCAUUCAUCUCAUGAGAUCUCAGAGCCGACUAAUUAUAAUUUAUUAUUUGCUUUUGGAGUUUUUGGAUUCAUUUUUAAUCUCAUUUAUUUCAAUAUUCUCAGCGACGCAAUUCUGGAUCAACACAAACAAAGAACUAAUAGUUUAAGCCUUAGAGCACAAGAGAAGAUAGUUUUCAAUAAUAUAUUGGGUUUGAAUAUAGACUCGCCGACUGGUAUUGAAGACACAGAAGCCAAAGAUGUGUCCGAAAAACUAUUGACUAUUCAAUCGGAUAAAGUCAAAGAUACGGGACUUAUAUUAUUACAAACGGUUCCCGAAAACAUAAAUGUCGGGCGACUCAAGAAGAAUAUUCUCAAAGAAUUCCCAAUAAUACUAAACAUUCACGAUCUGCACAUCUGGUGUCUGAACGCCUCCAGAAUCGUCGCCUCCUGUCAUAUAAUAUUACCGAAACAGUCGACCAAAUGUUUCGCUCAAUUCUCGCAACUAUUGGACACAUAUUUCCGAAAACAAGGCAUUGUUUUGGCGACAGUUCAGCCAGAAUUCUAUGACCCAAACACUUCUGCCAAUCAAUUGAUUCCCAUCUCAUGUCUAAUGAAAUGCUCAAAUGUCUUCGCCACCACUUCUGCAGACAUUACGGAACCGAAGAUUUCGCGUCCGAACGAAGGGAUCGUUGAAUUGAGUCUUGACUUGUGUUCGGGAAGUGAGAAGUGGUUGGACUCAUAUCAACGCUCUCUACCACUCGAUGGCAUACAUUGUCUCCGCUUUCUGGAGCGGAGUCUAAAGGAUUCGCGCGCUUUGGACACCGAAUCUCUUUGUCUGGUUUCGGGUGAAAAGGUGUGGACAAUCAGGUGUCACAUCAUUUGUCUCAACUUUGACGGCAAUUUGUUAGAGGCGUCGAGUGUUGCGGCCAUCGCCUCGUUGUCGCACUUCAAACGACCAGAGGUGACGGUUAGCGUCGAUCGGACGCUCAAAAUACAUUCAUUUGACGAAAAACAUGCAUUGAAUCUAACAUUACUUCACUAUCCGUUUUGUGUGUCGUUUGCCUUCUUUGUGGACAACAAUAUCUAUCGACUCGUUUGCGAUCCAAACCAAUGCGAAGAAGAGUCGGCCGACGCUUUGCUGGUCGUGUCGGCCAACACUUACCGGGAGAUCAUUGGUCUGCACUGUUUCGGCAAACCAGUGAUCGAUUCCGAGAAAGUGAUCAAUUGUUCCCAAAAGGCGAUCGAAAGAGUCAAGUAUUUGACAGAAUUCAUGAAGAAUUCGCUGCAAACCGAUAAAGAGAAGCGAAUUAAUAGUCCGGAGAGUAUUGGGUUCGCGAACGCCAUUCGGACGGGUAUUAUGUCUGGCAUUGAAAGACCGGAAAUGAAUUUAUUGGACGUCAUUAAAGUGGACCGAAUAGAAGAGGACGAGCCGAUGGAGCCCGAAGUGGUCGACGCGCCCACUGAUAACGUCUAUUUGUACGGCAGAGGCAUUGGCGGCAUCGGAGAGGGCGGCAAAACUCAGUGGCAGUUCAACGACCAAAGCGAGCAGAUUAUGUCCGACGAGUCCAACGACGAGAUCCUAACUCUCGAAGACAUUCAGAAACAGAAAAUUGAGAAAAUGAGUGACGAAGAAGAGGAAGACGUUAUGAUUAUUGAAACCGUUGGCUUCGAUAAGAAAAAAUAG